UGAUCCUCAACCAACCCCUCCUUCAUAAAUCAACUCAACAAAAAUUUUCCACCUUCACAAAUCACUUCAAAACUUUUCCCACAACAAAAUAAUGGGUAGCCUUCAAAAAGACCAUGAACUUGAAAAUGAGAUAGUCUCAGUCACUAACCCCUUGGACUCCGAGGAGCUCAGGAGGCAAGGCCACAUGAUAAUAGACUUCAUUGCUGAUUAUUACAAGAACGUUGAGAAAUACCCGGUGCGAAGCCAAGUUGAACCGGGUUAUCUUAGCAAACGCUUGCCAGAAUCUGCACCAAAUAAUCCUGAACCUAUAGAAAAAAUCCUCCAGGAUGUCCAGGAACAUAUUGUCCCUGGUAUAACGCAUUGGCAAAGUCCUAAUUACUUUGCAUAUUUCCCUUCAAGUGGCAGCAUUGCGGGGAUUCUUGGCGAAAUGCUUAGCACGUGCUUUAAUGUUGUAGGGUUCAACUGGAUGUCAUCACCCGCUGCAACUGAGCUGGAGAGUAUAGUUAUGGAUUGGCUUGGAGAAAUGCUGACGCUUCCAAAGCCUUUCCUUUUCUCUGGCAAUGGAGGCGGUGUAUUACAAGGAACUACUUGUGAGGCAAUGCUGUGCACUUUAGUUGCUGCAAGAGAUCAAGUUCUGAGGAAUAUUGGAAGAGAAAAUAUAACGAAGCUUGUUGUGUAUGGGUCUGAUCAAACUCAUAGUGCAAUCCAAAAAGCUGCUCAAAUUGCUGGAAUCAAUCCCAACAAUUUCCGGGCGAUUAGGACGACCAAAUCGUCAUUGUUUGGCCUAACCCCAGACUCGCUACUGUCAACUAUUAAGUCAGAUGUAGAAGCUGGGCUAAUUCCAUUUUUUCUUUGUGCCACAAUCGGGACGACGUCAACAACUGCAGUUGAUCCAUUAGGACCCCUGUGCAAGAUCGCAAAAAAACAUAGCAUAUGGGUGCAUGUUGAUGCUGCAUAUGCGGGAAGUGCCUGUAUUUGCCCGGAGUUUCGCCAUUUCCUCGAUGGUGUUGAGGAUGCAGACUCAUUUAGUCUGAAUGCACAUAAAUGGUUCUUCACCACUCUAGACUGUUGCUGUCUAUGGGUGAAGGAUCCCAGUGCUCUUAUAAAGUCGCUUUCAACAUAUCCUGAGUACUUGAGGAACAAGGCUAGUGAGUCGAAGCUAGUGGUUGACUAUAAAGAUUGGCAAAUAACCCUCAGCCGAAGAUUUCGUUCCAUGAAACUAUGGCUGGUGCUAAGAAGCUAUGGAGUGACCAACCUGAGAAUGUUCCUACGCAGCCAUGUGAAGAUGGCCAAAACAUUUGAAGAGCUUGUCGCUAGUGAUAAGAGGUUCGAGAUUGUUGUUCCAAGAAAUUUCGCUCUGGUUUGUUUUAGAGCAGUGCCAUCGGUAUUAAGCUUAGGUAAAAACAAGUAUAAAAAUCUCUCAGCCUCAGAGGCGGAGCAAGCGAAUGAACUGAACAGAGAAUUGUUGGAGUCGAUAAAUGCAUCCGGGAAAGUGUACAUGACGCAUGCCAUGGUGGCCGGAAUUUAUAUGAUAAGAUUUGCAGCUGGUGGGACUCUAACAGAGGAAAGACAUGUCAGGGAAGCUUGGAAGCUGGUGCAACAACAUUUGGAAGCCAUACUAUGCGUAUCAUUUUGAAUGCUAUCAAUCAUUAUUUAUCUGAUGAAAUAAGGUUUUCCGACUUCUUCCAUGUUAAAGAUGUUUGGAUUCAUAUAUAAGUUUCUGUAGCACAUGAAAUAAGCUUCUUGACUUAUUUGAUAUAAAAGAUGUUUGGGUUGAUAGAUUGUUGUAGCUGAUUACAUGUUUUGGGCGUGGAAUUGUUUUUAUUUGAAUUUGGAAUUG